AAGCAGCUUAGAUACGCCGUACGCGGUGGAGAGUUCCCUUGAAGAGAAGAAACCAGAGAGAAAGAAUGGAGGAGACGAGGAAGGAAGAAGAGGAAGAAGCAGUGAUGGAAGAAUUUGAUCCAUCAGAAAUAGAUUAUGUUAGUUAUGGUGGUGAACAUCACUUGCCUCUCAUCAUGCGAUUAGUUGAUAAAGAACUUAGUGAACCCUAUUCUAUCUUUACUUACAGAUACUUUGUCUAUCUAUGGCCUCAACUUUCUUUCCUGGCGUUUCAUAAAGGAAAUUGUAUUGGAACAGUUGUUUGCAAGAUGGGUGAACAUAGGAAUACUUUCAGAGGAUAUAUUGCUAUGCUUGUUGUUAUCAAAUCUUAUAGAGGAAAAGGCAUUGCUACGGAGCUUGUUACCCGAUCGAUACAAGUGAUGAUGGAAUCGGGAUGUGAAGAGGUAACACUAGAAGCAGAAGUGUCAAACAAGGGAGCACUUGCGUUGUAUGGUCGUCUUGGGUUUAUCAGGGCAAAAAGGCUCUUCCGGUAUUACUUGAAUGGAGUUGAUGCUUUCCGGCUUAAGUUAUUGUUUCCUCGGCCAGAGAUAAGCUCCCUGCUUAGGAUGGCAAAUAACGAAGAUGGCUAUUAUCAUAACAAUCAGCAAUUUGAGGAAGGAAGUUCUCAAGUCAACUAAGAGGGCAUCUGGUCCAAGUUUUUGCAGGUAUCAGUAUGACCCGUGAUCAUUUUUGUUGUCACUAGAAUAAUUAAACUGAGAAUUAAGCAAACAUGGAGUGUAACCAUCAUUUUGCUGAUUGUAUUUCUACAUUUUUCAAUCAUGGUACAGUGUUUAUAUCACUGUGAUGGACCCUCUAUAAGUAUUUGAUUUAGACUGGUCGGUGUCUUUGGUUCAUUUCAAGGUGCGGUAAGCCACUUCUUGUGAUGGCUUUGGCUUAAUUUUACUUGAAUAUCCUUACUCUUAGGGAACUGUUAGAGAAACUCGGACUUUGCUGAGAUACAAGAACGAGUGAAUUGAUAUGGUGCCAAAAGGGACUGGGUUGAAGCAAUGUUAAGAGGUACCGGAAACAGACUAAUGACGUAAAGAAGACGCACAAUGAAGUAUGGGAAGAAAGUCCAUAUUUAUUGCAUUUGCAAAUUUGAUGAUGGUUGUUGGCACAUUUGAGCUCCUUUUCUCUUGUUCUAGGGCUUGAUGAUUGGAUGCGCUGUUACAGCCUUGUUUUUGCAGUGCUUUGAUCAUGCUGCAUGAUUUAUUGUAUGUAUAAUUCCUGUCUAAGAAUCUUAUCUCGUGAAUAUCAUUUGAUUGCAAAUGGGGAAAACUUAUAAUGGUAACCUACUGUCUAGUGAAAGUGAGAACAAAAUGGUAAGACUUGACAGAUCAAUGGAAAUUUUUGUUUAUUUA